AUGCCUUACCUGGAGGAGGGAAAGGAGGAGAAGGAGGAAUCCAGUCAGCCUGUGUGGCAGUCUGUCAUCUCCUUCUUCUGCAAGGGCGUGAUUGAGGGUGUCAUACUGCUGCUCUUCCUUUGGCCCCUCAUCCAGAUUAUACUCACCAAAAACCUAGAAGUUCACCUGCAGAUCUUGCUGGCAGUGGGUCUGGCUGUGUUCUGUUACUGUCUGGUGCUGGGCUGCAUCCUGUGCUGGCGCAGAAGGAAGAGCGUUUCAUCUGAGGACAAAGAGGCUGUGCUGCUGUCCCCCUGCAGUGGUCCUGCUGAGCAAGUAACUGUGACUCUGAAGCCUGCCCCUUGCACCCUACCUGUCAAGCAGCAGUAUGAGGAGCUGGAGGGAGAUGUGCUGGAGUUUCCCUCCCCUAAAAGCAGUCCCUCUCCCUCUGAGGAUGACCUCACUGCCCUGCCCUUUGAUCCCACUUUUCCGAGGUCGGCUGAGCCAAAGGAGUCCCCGAGGUCUCGUUUUCCCAUGCGGCGCCUCAGUACUUCAGCUGUACCCUGCUGUCCCAGCAAACCUGCCAAUCAUGGCCGCGCCUCUCUGCCCUCCAUCCCUAAGAUGAGCCUGGCAUCCAAAACCCGGCGAGCCCUAGACCGCCGCAGCACUGUGACAGGGGACACCUUCCUGCUCAGUGAGAGUAGUCAUCUGACAGCUGCUCCGUCUCAGCUUCAGUAUGGCUCCAGCUCCAGUGCCCUGUCCAUCCCUUCCAAGCCAGCGCCUCUCCUCCACUUCUCCCUGCUCUUCUCUUCCACCUGUGGUAGCCUGGCUGUCAGCAUCUUACGGCUGUCAGGAGCCACGCGGAGGCGCAAUGGAUUGUUUGUCAAAGCGAGCCUUCCUCCGCUCUGCCCUUCUCCUCAGCAGGUAGCAACGCGACGCCGAAGCCUCAGCCCCGACCUCCAAGACCAGAAUUUUGUGCUGCAGGUGGGCUCUGUAGAGGAGCUCCGCGUCUGCACUUUGAGACUGGCCGUCUACAGCAGGGACUUCUCUGGCCUGAGAGAGGCUGCUCUGGGGGUGGUGGAGAUGCCCUGUGGGGAAAUGGAGUGGGAACCUGAUGCCAUCACUACCUACACUAGGGAGCUAAGGCCCACUAAGAAUAAGCUAAAAAAGAGCCUGAGUUCUCAGGAGUCGCUGGGCCACAGGAAGAGUUUUGUCUGUGCCCCCCGCGCUUUGGGUCAGCUCUUCAUCCUGCUCCAGUAUCAGACACUAGCCCAGCGAAUUAAGGUGAUGGUCCGAAAGGCUGAGAACCUGGCCAAACUCACACGGAUGCCAGGGGCGCCAGACCAUUAUGUCCUCAUCAAUCUGCGUCAAGAUGGUAAAGUGAUUGGCAGCAAGGAGACCAAAGGAGCUAGCGGCCCUAACCCUGUCUGGAAUGCCCCCUUCCUCUUUGACCUGCCAACUGGUGACAUCACACAGCUGCAUUUGGUCUUAGAGUUCAUUGUAAUGCAGGGCCGCCUUUACACAAAGAACAGUGUACUGGGACGUGUGUUGAUUGGCAGCAGUGCACCAGAGGAAGGGCAGGGACACUGGAAAGACAUGUGCAGUCGAGGCCAGACGGAGACAGCACGCUGGCACACUAUCCAAUCAGAAGUCCUAGAAAACUGA